AUGAGUGCGCGCACGGGGCGCGGCCUGGCGCUGCGAGGCGAGGGGCAGAGAGCAGAGGCAAGGCCGCGGGUGUACGGGCGGUCGCCGGAGAAGGAGGGGAGGGCGUCGGGGCCGGAGUGGCUGGAGCGGGACGGCGGGGCCGCUGGCCACGGCGAGCUAGGCAGGGGGCAGGGCGAAGGGCGCAGGGCCUCCGAGCGGCACUGCGGUGCAGUGGCCGGUGCCGGGCGGCGGCGGCACAGCCCACGGGCAGGGCGGUGCGGACGGGCUGCAGCCGCGGCAGCAGAAGCAGCAGGAGCAGCGCAGUACGUGGCGCAGCGAGGCCGCAGCGCCUGGCAGAGGCAGGUAGCAGCGCGUAGAGGCGCGGUUCAGCGAGAGCAGCGGCAGACGGCCAUGGCUGUUGCGGGCGAUGGGGACGGCGGUGAGCGUGCGUGCGUGCAUGCGUCGUGGACGAGGAGAAGGAGAGGAGGGAGGCUCACGGGGGCCGUAGGGAUUUUGGCAAAGGGGCGUGGGAAGGACGACGGGGACGACGCAAGCGAUGACAGGGACGAGUAG